AUGGUACGGCAAGACAGCAAUAUUGAAUCAUCAAUUGUCGAUCAAGCUCAUUUACUAAAACGCAGUGUAAGCUUUGUAGGAGAAUUGGCUUCCAUCGAAUUUUUGAAGUGUGAUAAAAAGGAAGGAAAGAACGAUGUUGCAUAUGAGGCGAUUGAAGAAAUCAUUGAUAAAAAUAUUUCUGAGGAUCUAACCAUAUUAAUAUCAAAACUAAGAGAGAAGCUAACGUAUUCAUUUAAUCGACUUAUAUGUGGAAUACGAAAGGAGAAACUUAUUAUUAGUAUAUGGGACUCCAUUGCAAACGCGAUGAUAAAUCUUGAGAGACUGGAAUCCUAUGCAUCCUUGAUACUGCCAAUAAUGCGCUUGAUGCAUAUUGCACAAGAUAAAAAAAUUUGUAAUGCCAAAAAUCAUGGUAAUUCUGACGAGGCGUUUUGUAAUAAUAGUAAUAACGAUAUUUCUGCUGAUAAGUCGUUAUCUUUGCAAUGCGUCCCUAGAGAAAAAAAUGAUAAAAUACCUUCCCCAAAAAAAAAAACGGUAAAAUAUCUUCCACGUUCGGAACAACAAGGCGAAUUUCCGCAAAACGUACACGCGAAUGAUCAUAUCGCAAUUGAAUCCCAACAGAAAAAUAUGUUAAAAGCGAAGAGUAUUUAUAAGAAACAAAGGAACCAACUUAUGUUGCCAGUAAAAGAAGCAUUAUAUAUGAUACGUCUUAUAGUAAACAAAUUCUAUCUCGCGAAGAAAGAAAACGUGCAGAUAAAAGAUGCAUACGGCAGGAUAUUGGCAAAUAAAAUAUAUUCCUCUAUAAAUGUGCCACUUUGUAACAUUUCUGCUAAACGUGGAUACGCGAUAUUAGCCAGCGACGGGAAGGGUAUAAGAAGAGUAUUAAAAACACAUCCCACGUUUGCAGAGAUUUCGAUCAUACCUGGCACCUGCGUGCGAGUGAGAAGUGGAGAACCCAUACCUAAUGGAGCAACGGCAGUUGUAACACUAGAGAAUACAAAGAUAUUGGAAGAAUACAGCCAUAAUGACGACGAUUAUUUUAAUACCGACGACAAGGAAUAUCAAAUUGAAGUUUUAGUAGCUCCGAAAAAAAACGAGAAUAUUAGAAACACUGGCUGUGAGAUGCAGGGCACCCAACGCAUUUGCGAUAAAUUCACUCGUAUCGGAUCAGCGGAAUUGGGCAUUUUAACAUUAUGUGGCAUAAAUUCAAUUCCAGUCAUUCAAAUUCCAUCUGUAGGUCUGCUAUCUAUCGGCGAAUUAGAAGAGCCUGGAAACACUUUAAUUCGAGGACGCAUCUACGACUGCAACAGGAUAAUUGUGUCCUCGAUAUUGAAGAAGAAUAAUUAUGAUCCGGUGGACUUAGGAAUUUCUGCUCACAAAUUGGAUGUUAUGGUCAAUAAAAUCAAGGAUGCUUUAGACAAAGUGGAUAUACUCAUAAUAAUGGGCCGUACAAACGACAAAGAUCUAUUGAAGCCAAUCUUAAAGACAUAUUUUAACGCAAUGAUACAUUUCGGGCGCGUGGAGAUGAAACCAGGAAAAUCGACAAUGUUCGCAACAUGCAUGUUCAAACACAAAAUGAAGUUUUUCCUAUGCAUGUCGGCAAAUCCCGCAACCGUUCCCAUUGUCACGCAUGUAUUGCUUCUGCCAUUUCUGAACGAAAUGUAUUGCAGUUACUUGACGAAGCCCAUUAAUAUACAGGCUUGCAUAAAUACAAAGCACGAGCUGCAUUCGCGUCCGAAAUUUUCCUGGACGACAUUAUGCUGGACGGAGAUGGAAAUAUUUCCAAGAGCUUACUGUUUGCAAAAUCAAUAUCAGAAUGUAAUGAACUAUCAAAUGGCUAAUGCGCUUCUAAUGUUACCGCCGUGUUCGCCAAAUCAGCCGAUAUUAGAUGCAGCAUUCGUACCAACGAUGUUUCUCGGCUGAAAAAUCUCUAAGAUAUUCCUAAUCGACUAGUAGGACAACGUUCGCAUACAUUUGCGUUAUUUAUUUAUAUAUUA